AUGCCGCGGCCGUCGCGCGACUCCUACUCCGAACACAAACCUCCAUACUCGUAUAUUUCACUGACGGCGAUGGCGAUUUGGAGCUCUCCAGAGCGCAUGUUGCCGUUGUCGGAGAUCUACCGCUUCAUCACGGACCGCUUCCCGUACUACCGUCGCAACACGCAGCGCUGGCAGAACUCACUUCGCCACAACCUCUCCUUCAACGACUGCUUCGUGAAGGUGCCGCGGCGGCCCGACCGGCCGGGCAAAGGCGCCUACUGGACGCUGCACCCGCAAGCUUUCGACAUGUUCGAGAACGGCUCGCUGCUGCGUCGUCGCAAGCGCUUCAAACUGCACAAGGGCGAGAAGGACAACCUGAACGCGGAGCUGGCGGCGCUUGCGACCUUCAACAGGCUCUUCCUCUCGGGCCAGAGCGCAACGCGUGUGCCGCCGCUAGAACCCUUCCACGUGACGCAGCCGGAUUCUUGCACGACUAAAGUGAAACCCAAGAAGUCAUUUACUAUAGACAGUUUGUUAUCUAGUGACAGUGAAUUAGAAUCGAUUGAGGAUUCGGUGACAUUAAGCAACGAGGCUAAUACUUUGGUCCCAUACCAUUCCGACGUGUUGGCGAUGGCCGCUGCGAUAUGGCCCGCACCCAUCUGUUUUCAGAUUCCCCUAUUCAAUCCUUUACAGUUGACACUCCCAUUUAAUCCAAGUAUACACAAUUUCGGUGCCUAUCAUCUAACAGAACAUCGGUAGUUGAUAUAACUUGUAACUAUGGAUACUAAAUGUUU